ACCUUCUUAACCAAACAAAUCCACCUUGGCUCCUACCCUCCUUCCCCUCCUCCUUCCCUCCCUCCCCUCCUCCUUCCUCUCCUUCCCCAGGUCCUUGACGUGCAACCAAGUGAAGCCGCCUGUAUCAUCGAGACGGAUUGCAACGUGGAUUUCGAGGCCCCUGUGGGUUACGUGGAGCCAGGGCGGGAAGGAGGGAGGGAGGGAGGGAAGGCUGGGGGCGGGGCAAGCGCGACGAACGGGGGAGUGAUUACUGCGCGGCCUCUGAGUGCGAAAGGUGGGUACACGGCAGACCACGAAGCCGCGGCCGCUGCGGCCGCAAAACGACAGUCGUCUUUCCUGGGCUCGGGGCAGCGCCUCGAUGGGAAAACACCCGCGGGAGGGAAAGGAGCAAGCAAAGAGGGGGAUAGCUUGGGCACAUCAGGCACCUCGAGCUUGAGCUGCUCCCAGGGGGACGGGGCAAGAGGCGCCGACACGGACCAGCCUCCCCAAAUUCUGGGUCGGACGAUCAGCGGACGGGCACCAUCGACCCUGGGGCGCGGGCUUUCCUCCACCUCUCACCCUCUUGGCGGGGAGAGUGUGGGCUCGAGCCUGUCGGAUUCCAUCACCUCCCCGGGCUCCGUGUCCACGUCGGCUUCCUCCGCGACGGCCGCUGGGGCCCACAAGAAACCCGCACUGACCAAAUACAGCAUGUCAUUGGUCGUCGUCGGCCUCUUUUGUCGGGAAAGCACCAUGGCCUGUGCUUUCCUCCAUCGUCUGGUCGCCUCCGUACCGACCAUUUCAACUACGAUUGCCGGGCCCGCUGCCACGACGGCAUGCAAUUUUGGUCGUGGUAAAAAUGUCCGCAUGUUUGCCUCCGCCGCUGGGACGGUUGCUUCUCCUGCGGUCACCGCCCAGGAGGCUCUCUCGAAAUAUGAGGAACUAGCUAAGAACUUGCGGGAGAUCGAUGCAUUGGAAGGAAUUUCCGCUGCCUUGGCCGGCGUCUUACACGAAAAGAAGACCAAUCCCUCCCUGGACGUCUUGCUGCCCGUUCUGGCCUCACCGAAUGUUCUAGAACUUCUGCCUUCUCCCGAAGCCCGGGCCAACGUCCGCCUUGCCCACAAGGAGUGGGAGCUGCAGAAGAAGAAAAGCAAGGAGAUGACCGCGCGCGAAGCGGCCUUGGAGGGACGAGGCUAUGCGGCCUGGGUAACGGCGAGGGAGAAGGACGACUUCCACCACGGCUUCCUGCCCGUGCUACAGGACAUCGUCGCGUUGAAAAAGGAGGUGGCAACGGCGACCCGGCCUGGCUGGGACACGUACGAUGCAAAUUUGGAUUUGUUCGAGCCGGGCAUGACCGUCCGACGUCUGACGGAGAUCUUCGGGGCACUCAAGACCGAAUUGGUGCCGCUUUUGCAGCAGAUCAUGGUAAGGGUCGUCAGGAAAAUUCUGGGAGGGGUGGGGAACAUACCUGAGCGGGACGAAAUUUUCCUGGGGGAUUCCUGGGGGCACUGGGGCUGCGGGGGGAUGCAUGCGCCCGCAGCGUGUCGUGGUCACCGCCCUCCCACCGCCUAG